UUGAUACAGGCUUCUCUACUUCUCUCUCCUUCAAACCACCCAUGGCCCAAAUUAGGAAUCAACACAAGCGUGUUCUUCUUUUAGCAUACCAGAGUUUGGGGAUUGUGUUUGGCAGCUUGAGUACUUCCCCGCUUUAUGUGUAUAAAAUUACAUUCUCUGGUUGGCUGCAACAUUAUCAAACUGAAGAUGCAGUGUUUGGGGCAUGUUCUUUGAUCUUUUGGACUUUCAUGCUCCUUCCAUUGUUCAAGUAUGUUGUCAUCAUGUUGAGUGUAGAUGAUAAUGGUGAAGGAGGAACUUUCGCUUUAUACUCGCUUCUCUGCAGACAUGCAAAGCUUUGUUUGCUUCCUAAUCAUCAAGCAGCAGAUGAGGACCUUUCUACGUAUUUUAGUCCGCGUUACUCGAAUAGGAACAUACCUCCCUCUGUAUUCAAAAGAUAUGUUGAGAAACAUAAAAACACAAGGACUGGCUUACUCCUUGUAGUUUUGUUUGGUGCUUCUAUGGUGAUAGCUAUUGGUGUCAUCACUCCUUCAAUUACUGUUUUGUCAUCCAUUGAAGGGCUGAAAGUUCGAGUCAAGAAUGCAGAUGACAGAAUGGUGGUUGCUAUCACCUGCUUUGUAUUGGUUUGUCUUAUCGUCCGGCAGCACCAUGGCACCCACAGGGUGGGCAUCACAUUUGCACCCAUUGUGCUCCUGUGGUUGCUGUCUGUUGCCCUUCUCGGCAUCUACAAUAUCACCAAGUGGAACCCAAGAAUUUACCAGGCUCUUUCGCCCUACUACAUUUACAAGUUCUUCAGGAACACGGGAAAAGAUGGAUGGAUCUCCCUUGGAGGAAUUUUUCUAUGUAUUACUGGAACUGAAGCUAUGUUUGCAGACCUUGGCCAAUUCACAGCUACAUCCAUGAGGGUUGCAUUUUUUGUUGUCAUUUACCCGUGUCUAAUGCUUCAAUACAUGGGGCAGGCUGCAUUUCUUUCAAAGAACUUUUCUGCAGCAGAUAUAAGCUUCUAUGCUUCUGUACCAGAGCCCUUGUUCUGGCCAGUUUUUGUUCUUGCAAUUUCAACUGGGAUUGUUGCCAGUCAGGCGGCAAUCUCCGAGACGUUCUCAAUUGUUCAACAAUGUCAGGCAUUAGGAUGUUUCCCUCGUGUCAAGAUUGUACACACAUCAAGAUGGAUCCAUGGUAAGAUCUACAUUCCAGAGAUAAACUGGAUCCUUAUGAUACUCAUUCUGACUGUCACACUUGGUUUUGGAGACACAACCCUCAUGGGAAAUGCCUAUGGGAUUGCGUAUAUGAGUGUGACAUUGGUGACAACAUUGUUGAUGACACUGGCCAUUACCCUGGUGUGGCAUAAGACUCUCGUGCUUGCCCUGUCAUUCCUACUGUUCUUUGGAUCAAUGGAGAUUAUCUUCCUUUCAUCUUCUUAUAUGAGAAUCCAUAGGGGUGGGUGGCUUUCAAUCAUGUUGUCUUCAGUCUUCCUUGCUGUUAUGUAUGUGUGGCACUAUGGCAGCAGGCGGAAGUAUUUAUCUGAUCAACAGAACAGGAUACCCAUGAAAAGGAUUCUCUCACUUGGCCCCAGUCUUGGGAUUAUCAGGACUCCCGGUAUAGGCGUCAUCUACACUGAAUUGGCAACUGGGGUGCCAGCCACAUUUUCCCAUUUCCUCACCAACUUGCCAUCCUUCUACCAGGUCAUCGUCUUCGUCUGCAUCAAGACCAUUCACGUCCCUUACAUCUCUCAUAAGGAGCGCUACCUCAUCGGCCGGAUUGGACCCAAAGCUUAUCAGAUGUACAGAUGCAUUAUCCGAUAUGGUUACAAAGAUGUCCAUAAAAGUAACGAAGAUUUUGAGUACAACCUGGUGAUGAGCAUAGCGGAGUUCAUUCAACUGGAAUCAGAAGGCUCGAGAACCCCAGAUGGGUCGGUGGAUGGCAGACUGGCAGUCGUGAGAACCUCUGAGAAGACCGGAAUGAGAAUGGUAAUGUCAGAAUCUGCUAAUCUGGGAGAAAGCUACGGCAGCGGAAGCAGCAGCUGGACCGGGUCCGCCGCUCUGAGCAGUAGCAAGUCGGCCACUCUGCGGAGACUCCAGGCCUUGUACGAGCAGGAAGUACCAGCCCAUCUGAGCCGCAGGCGCCAUGUGCGGUACCAGCUGCUGGACAAAAACUACAAGCACCCACACGUGAAAGAAGAGCUGCUGGAGCUUGUGGAAGCGAAGCAUGCAGAAGUGGCAUAUGUGAUAGGGCAUUCCUAUAUAAAGGCGAGAAGAAACUCAUCGUUCUUGAAGAAGUUGGCUGUGGAUGUAGCCUACUCUUUCUUGCGUAGAAACUGCAGAUCCCCAGGUGUGGCCCUGCACAUUCCCCACAUCAGCUUGAUCAUGGCAGGGAUGAACUAUUAUGUCUAGGGUUGCUCAAGCUUUUUGCAUCCAUGGUACAUUUUGUAAUGCUUAAUUUAUUGAUUUCAUGACAGAGAUGGGCAUUCUUUAAAUUCCUCUAAUUUGCUUC